AUGUCGAAAAAAAAGACUCAAGCCCGUCAAAGAACUUUUCGUAACGAUGAUUUACGUUUUGAAGCACUUACUCAUAAGUCUUUUCAUUAUGAAAAUCCUUCCACCGGACCACACAAUGAACGACUAGAAUUUUUGGGAGAUUCUAUCGUCUCUUUUGUGGUUGCCAACUACUUAUUUCGUCGGUUUCCAAAUUUUAAAGAAGGUCAACUUACUUUAUUAAGAGCAAAUCUGGUUUGUAAAAAAAAGUUGGCACAGUUCGCUCGUGAAAUUGGUUUAGAUAUGGAUAUUCGACUUGGAGUAGGAGCUUUAAGAGACGGAGGAAGAGCAAGUGAAAAAGUUUUGGAAGAUGCUUUUGAAGCAUAUAUUGGUGCAGUAUUUCUUGAUUCCGGUUCAAGCAUGUUUGCUGUUCAAGAGUUUAUGGAACCUUUAUUAUCUCCAGCAGUUGAUGAACUCACUCGUUAUUCUUCAGCAAACAAACCUUCGACAUAUAAUCAACAAGAUAAUUAUAAGAAUCCCAUUAAUAAACUUCAAACUUGGUCUCAACGUAGAGGAUUAGGAAUUCCAGUUUAUCAACCUUAUGGAGAAGUUGAUAAUGCAAUUUUUACAGUUGGAGUUUUAAUAAAUGGCAAAUGUUAUGGAAGUGGUCAAGCGAGAAAUAAAAAAGAUGCCAAAAAAGAAGCAGCUAUUAAUGCACUUGAUUAUGUCACCACCGGAUCAUUCAAUGCUUUUGAUAAUGCAACUUCAUAUACUGCUUUUGUAGCUAAUGCCUUAGUUGCAAGUAAAAUGAAUAAAGGACCAGGUGAUACAAUACCAAUUAUGCAUAUCACAUUUUGGAAUGGACAAAAAAAAUCAAUAAUAAUUAAAAAUGAUUUCUUUAUUAUUGAUUCAAAAACAAAACAACAAGUUAAUUUACGUAGUAAGCCUAAGG